UCCUGAGAAUCCUGUCUAUUCAACUGAACUGAUUCGGUUGUUGUCUAGAUAGGCAGCUCAUGGGGUUUUGAAACACAUCCAUUGAAUCCACCUCUGCCGCCUCUGCUACAGCAGCAUUCAUCUGACUCGAGCAACCCGGACAAACCAUCUGACAUCGCAGGCUUAUUCGCUCAGGAACACAGCAAUCAGCCAUUUUAGCCCUGCACGUUUAUCCAUGCGAAAGGAACAAAGCUUCCAUGAGGCACAAAGGCAAAAGGCCGAGAGUUUUAGAGAAUAAUAAAAACCUGCUCUUUUAUUUACGCGAGUUCCCGGUUUCCGCGCUGAAUUCUAGCAUGUGCCACAUGUGACGAUUGUAGGAAUGUGGACUAUGGGAUCACAACAGCCCAUCAUUAUCUACAGAUUGGAAUCACCUUGGGAGAUGACAGAUGGAUGCAUAGGGAGGAUCAGAGCCCGCCAGCCAACAUCAUAAACUCACCAUGGACCAUAGCUUCAGUUUCAGCACACUGAAGAAACUAGCGGCUGAGCCGGACCACACUGACAUUACUCUACCGGCGGUGGAGCGCAUCCGGGCCCUCAGCAAAAUGGGCUACAACAUUGAGAUAAAUGAAGACAUCGCCCCACGGCGAUACUUCCGCUCUGGCGUGGAAAUGGAGCGUAUGGCAGCUGUUUAUCUAGAGGAGGGCAGUCUGGAGAAUGCCUUUGUCCUCUACAACAAGUUCAUCACUUUAUUUGUGGAGAAGCUCCCCUGUCACAGGGAGUAUCAGCAGUGCAACGUCCCUGAGAAACAAGUGAUAAUGAAGAAAUUACAGGAAGUGGCUUUUCCACAAAAGGAACAGUUGAAGAGACUUCUCCAUGAGAAAUACAGCAAGGAACACAGUGACUAUCUGAAGAGUCAGAGCCAAGCCAUGUCAGUUGAGAUGUGUGGUGAACGACUGCAGAAGAUGUCUCUGUUGGAGGAGGAAAGGCAGCGUGUGGCACUGCUCAGGAAGAUGCAGAUAGAGUCUGAACAGUUCCGCUUUUUCGAGGACCAAUUGCGUAGACAAGAGCUGGCUUGUCAAAGCGAAGAAGCUGUCCCCAAAGUGCCUGAACAAACCGAUGGGUCCUGCUUGUCCCAGACCUCGAAAAACCAUAUGCGCCUUGACCCCAAUCGUAACAGACCAGUGGUCCCUGUCCCUAAACCAGCAGCCACCUUAGCAGCUGUGCAAAAUCAGCGUGUGGAAGGCCUGAGGCGGGUUUUAAUCCCACGAGACCUGACUUACAGAUUCCUGCUUUUGGCUGACAGUAACACAGCCAGAGGAAUUGAGACCUGUGGAGUUCUCUGUGGAAAGCUGGCGCACAACGAGUUUGUGCUUACCCACGUGAUCGUUCCCAAGCAGUCUGCCGGCCCUGAUUACUGUGACAUGGAGAAUGUGGAAGAGCUGUUCAGUUAUCAGGACCACCAUAACCUUCUGACCCUGGGCUGGAUCCAUACGCACCCGACUCAGACGGCUUUUCUCUCCAGCGUAGAUCUGCACACACACAGCUCUUAUCAGCUCAUGCUGCCUGAGGCCAUCGCUAUUGUUUGCUCACCUAAACAUAAUGACACAGGUGUGUUCAGACUCACCAGUGCUGGAAUGGGAGAAGUGGCUGGUUGCAGAUUGAAAGGCUUUCACCCCCACUCUAAAGACCCUCCUCUGUUCACAAUUUGCAAGCACGUUGUGUUAAAGGAUGCGAAAACGACAGUGCUGGACCUCAGGUGACAGAGUAAGAGGAGAGAUACUGUACUAUGAGAAAACCAUUGAGAAUAUCUAUUUAUAUCUUUGUUUACUUGAAGGCUUUUUGUAUUUAUUUAUUUUACAAAAAGGUGUGAAAUAGAAUCCCUCAGCUCCACAGUUUGCUGUGAGCAGGUUUAGUGAAGCUGUUGAGAUGUUCCAAUGGCAUUUUAAGCUUUUUGUUUGUGGCCACGUGUUUUUUGAAAAAUUUAUUUCGGAGCAUAAUUUGUCUUAUGAUCUAACUGCUUUUUUGGUUCUGUGUCCUCAAGGUGGCAUCAUUUAGCAAGAAAUAUUAGGAGGCUGCUGCAAUGUAACUAUAGCACAUUUAAGGAAGUUGUGUGUGUGUGUGUGUGUGCGCGCGCGCGUGUGUGAUUUUUGCCUUUGAUAUCAGCUGGUAUCACUUGCUGUUCUCACUGUAACGUGGUUUAAACUGAAAAGGUGAGGUUUAUGUGAGUUUAAGGGAGACAUUUCUAGGCCUUCUUACUGUUAUAGACAUACAUGAGAAUAUUUGUUAUGGAUUAAAAUGUUUAAUAAUUGAUGAUUAUGCUGAAGUACAUCUAUUGUAUCUUUACAGUGUUGCAACACAUACAACUUAGAAUCUGGCUUUCAAUUAAGUGAAGACAAUUUCAGGCUUAAAAGAUUUCUGUUGUUUCAAACUUAAAUGAGGCAAUAUAUUUGUGUUGGUCAUUAGAAUGGACUGACUCGCUCAGAAUUUUAAAAGGGUCACUUGACAAUAUAAAUAAGUAGAUAAAUGUUCCCCUGUAUAGGGGAUCUCUUAGCCCAAACCCAAAGCUCCCCAGAAAAAUAAGCAAAGAAAAAGGCAUUACUAGAGGUUCUCUUACCAUCAGGUUCUUCACAGCACUAAUCUCAGGGUACCAUUCCCUCAUUAUAACAACCAGAUGUGAUUUUUUUUUUUUUUUUUUUUUUUUAAUAAAAUCCAGUAAUUUUAUGUUUGAGGAUAAAGUUCAUUUUUUUAACAGCAUAAGAAGAUAAAAGGAGAGGUAUUCUGAGCUACAGUGGCCCCAGUUAUUUAUAUAUAUAUAUAUAUAUAUAUAUAUAUAUAUA